AAAAAAAAAAGAAAGAGAAGAAACAUUAAUUGAAUCUAAAAAAUGAUCAAUAAAUAAAUUUAUUAUUAGUAAUAAACAAAAUACAACACAAAAUUUAGAUGAAAAUAUCACAAAUGAACAAGAAAUUCACCAAAAAAAGUUAGAUGAUAAUGAAAAGGAGAUGUUAGAAGAACUUAAAUACAAAUUUUAAUUAGUUAAUUUGCAUUUUAAAAUGCAAGAAAAAUAGAUUUUAAAUAAAAUAUAUUAUAAUAUAAAUAAAUUAAAUAAAUAUUAAUUUAAUUAAUACAUAAAUAUUUAAAAAAUGCCCAAUUUUAAUUCUCGCCUAAGGCCUAAAAAUAUCAAGGGCCAACCCUGAUAGGAAAGUUUAAUAUCAUUUUUCCAAAUAUCUGGAGUGAUUUGUUACUUCAAUUGUUAACCAAAACUUUUAUUUUUUAUUUUUGAUAGUUGUGGGAAGAGGAUUUAAACCCUAGACAUUUUUGUCUGAAUAAUAAGUCUAAGGAUAUAUCUUAUUUCAUAUUCAACUAAUGUGUCAAAUUGUGAUUUGUGCAGAACAAAAAAGUGUUUUUGAUGGAUUCAUGUAAAUGUGACGUUACAUCUAUUAUAAGUUUACAACUCUACUAGAUUUAAAAUUGAAUGUGAAAUUGGUUGUGUUCAUAGGAUUGUUGCUGCUAAAACUACCCAAAAAAAAUUGUCAAUUGAGCUAUGCCCUAAACAGCCAAAACUAUUUUCAACCAAAACUAUUACUUUAUCCAUCAUUAAUCAUUAUGGCUCUCUCAUUUGAUUAUAGCCUUAAAGAAUAAAGAGCACGUUCCACCUGAGGAAGCAGCAAAAACAAAUACUAAAAAUUAAAGUGGGACUAAUCAAUGCAAAAUACCCAUUUUUCACUUUAUUCACUCGCACGUACACUUUGAGUCACCAACCACAGCCACUACAUAUACAUGACGGCCAUCAAGGAAUUACUCACAUAUUGGAGGGAGGGGUCUGUCUGAGUCCUUGCUUUGGCUGCAAAAAUGGUUUCAACUUCUCCUACUAAGCAGGAAGUUGCUAAUUCAGACGGCAUAUGGAUAGAGGAGGACACCUCACGCCGUGCCAAAUGGUGGUACUCAACUUUUCACAUUGUCACAGCUAUGAUAGGUGCAGGAGUACUCAGCCUGCCUUAUGCUAUGGCCUACUUAGGAUGGGGUCCAGGGACACUGGUUUUGGCAAUAUUAUGGUGCAUGACCUUGAACACAAUGUGGCAGAUGAUACAACUCCAUGAAUGUGUUCCAGGUACUCGUUUUGAUCGAUACAUUGACCUCGGUCGACAUGCCUUUGGGCCAAAACUCGGACCUUGGAUUGUGCUUCCCCAGCAACUUAUUGUCCAGGUUGGGUGCGACAUAGUGUAUAUGGUCACUGGGGGAAAGUGCCUCAAGAAAUUUAUGGAGAUGGCCUGCACCAAUUGCACACAGCUCAAACAAUCUUACUGGAUUUUAAUCUUUGGAGGCAUCCAUUUCUUCUUGUCUCAGCUACCCAACUUUAAUUCUGUUGCUGGUGUUUCGCUAGCAGCAGCAGUCAUGUCACUAAGUUAUUCAACUAUAGCCUUUGUGGGUUGCUUGGCUAGAGGUCAGAUAGAUAAUGUGAGCUAUGCUUACAAAAAAACUAGCUCAGCUGAUUACAUGUUUCGUGUCUUCAAUGCAUUGGGACAAAUCUCUUCUGCAUUUGCUGGGCAUGCUGUGGCCCUUGAAAUUCAGGCCACAAUUCCGUCAACUCCUGAGAGGCCUUCAAAGGAACCCAUGUGGAAAGGUGCACUUGGAGCCUAUUUUAUCAAUGCAAUAUGCUACCUCCCGGUGGCCCUUAUUGGAUACUGGGCAUUUGGGCAAGAUGUUGAUGACAAUGUGCUAAUGAAUCUCAAGAAACCUGCGUGGCUCAUUGCCUCUGCUAACCUAAUGGUGGUCAUCCAUGUCAUAGGCAGCUACCAGGUCUAUGCCAUGCCUGUAUUUGCCUUGCUGGAGAGGAUGAUGGUGAAAAAGAUGAACUUCCCACCAGGAAUUGCACUCAGACUCAUCGCUAGAUCUUCUUAUGUAGCAUUUACAUUAUUCGUUGGAGUCACCUUCCCUUUCUUUGGGGAUCUUCUGGGUUUCUUUGGCGGAUUUGGAUUUGCUCCCACUUCAUAUUUUCUCCCCAGUAUUAUGUGGCUAGUGAUCAAGAAGCCAAAAAGAUUUAGUGCCAAAUGGAUGAUCAACUGGAGUUGCAUAUUCGUUGGAGUUUUUAUUAUGUUGGCAUCCACAAUUGGCGGCUUCCGGAAUAUUAUUGCUGAUGCAUCCACGUAUAGCUUCUACGCAUAAAUUAUGGUGAUUUUAUGUCAUUGGAUGGAAAAUGUAAUUGAGUUGGCUAAACUCAUUUUUCUGAUGACCUUUUCUCUAUAUAUAAUGGAGUGGAAAAUGUAA